AUGGAUGGACGGAAGGGUUUUGAUACCGUAUCGGGCAAAACAAAAACGGAUGAAUCUGGCCUGUUGGUUUUUUGUUCUUGUUUUUCUUUUCUGCAAGUCUUUUUGGUUUAUCUUUUUUACCACUUUGAAGUUACAAGUAACGGAGCAUUAGCAUGGCAAAAGGCGGGCAAAGCGAUGGAUUACACACACUACACUCAGGAUGGACGGGCUCAAUUUCUACACCCUUUUUCUUUUUGCAACAAAGCUAACAUUCGGUUUAUCAAUGUGGGGUUUUUUGUCACACAUCAAGGGGAGUCUUUUCCUGAAACACCGUUGGUUGAACUUUCUCUGGGCUGCUGGACUGGAACUGGAACUGAACUUUACUGGACUGGGAUUACAAAGCAUUGUGUCAACUUUUCCCAGCGCGUGUACUCGUGCUUGCGAGAUUUUCUGAGUGCAGGCUAUGCAUUGCUGCAUGUCCUGGACACGGUAGAGGAAUCGAAGAGCCUUUGGAAUGCGGAGGAAUGGCGGUAUUAUGAUUACUUACCUGAUCUGGAAUACAGGGUGGUGAGGGUGCCUGCUAGUAGGGUUGGGUAUAUGGUGCCGCCGUCGGAGUUGGUUUGUCUCGCGGGGUGAGUAAUGGGACGGGUGAUGAGUGACAGAAGUUGGUAUUCACAGAGUUUUGUGGUUCUUGUGUUACUAUCUCUGUUGUUGUGGGACUGAAAUGUAACAUUUAGCAUGUAUCGAUGUAUGUUGAGGAGUAAAUAAACAGGUUGUUGAUGGACUGAGGAUGUUUGCCAGCACAAUUUCAGGGGUAAAUAGGGG